GUAGUUUUAAUCAAAUCUUUUUUUCGUGUUCCCUUGGGUUGAUGACCCCUCACCACCUUUCUGGAAGAACCAUGAGAAAGCAUCAAUGUGCUUCCAAUGCAAUAGGGCAACCUGAAAUUUGGUUCUCCCACACCAAAAUCAAUCUCUCUUGAGCAUCCAUCGACUUAUUCCCCUACAAUAAUCUUUAUAUAUUGGGGUCGUUCCUUGAUCGACUUCCGAGCGGAAACCACCCAUCUACUGAAAGCAGACGGCUCCAUCAACUAGCAAAGACCUACCUAACUGUAUCGCCUAGCUGUGUAGAAGAGAACAUUCAGCAAAGAGGAAACCGAAACGACCACUACACCUUGGCUUGGUAUGACGGAAGAAGUUACGGAAGAGGCUUUGCGCAGCCGCUGGAGCAAACUAGCCGUAUCGGCGGACUUUUUCGCGAACUGCAAAAAACAUGCGAUAAAUUAUAUCUUAGCGGAAAAUUACGAAAGAAAACUAUAUUGCUUUGAAUGCGAGAGCAUCGAGUUUCAGAAUGAGAAGGGUGAGAGAAUUUGGACUACAGCUGGAGAUGGACAAAUGGAUAUGCUGCCUGCAAACAUUGGUGUUUAUAUUGUUAGAGGGAAGUCGAGGACUGCAUGAUAUAAUUAAAGGACAUCGUCACUCGCAUACAAAUUAUUAGCUAUGAAAGUUCCCACAAUGAAUUCAAUCCGCAAACAGAUGGUGCUGUGAUGAGGCUGCUUACAACAGAUCUCCAUUGCAACACAGUCAGUUGUAUCUUGAAGCA